AUGCCGUACCAACCAGUGUUCGACACCCCGUACGGGGCCCUACCCUUUGACCAUAUAAAGGAUAAGGGGUAUUACGGAGAGGAUGAUAAUGAGGAGGUUGCGACUGACCCAGAGAUUGAAUUACUGGUACAAGCAACAUACCCCGCUAGUGACGAUGAGGCUUUUAGUGACAGUGACUACGAGACCGACGUAGAACGAGAUACCGAUGAGUCGUGCGCGGACGAGGAUUUUGGUGAUGAUGAUGAGGACGAGGAUGAGGAGGACGAGAAAGAGGAGCAGAAGGGAUGGGCGGCCGCGGCGGCCAAGGCGCUUGGCUUUCACUGA